UUGUGCCCACCAUAGGAUCACGAUCAGGAUGGCAGCAUGGGCAGCGCUUGCUUGUGUGCCAGGGACAGAGGGGCAAACCUAUUGAGAAGCAGUGUGAUGGACACAAUGGGUGCGACAGACUUGCUGCAUCAACAGGCUUUUUGCUGCUGUGGCCAGAAACAAACCAUAAAUACCCCCACUGGCAUCCACCGACCACUCGCCAGGCCUCCACAACCACACACCCUCGCACAGAACGGGCAGAAAAGAGAAAAACAAGACAGGAAGCACAGAGUGUGGCUUGUUCGGGGGGCAGUGAAGCACAAGCCUUUCAGAGAAAUGACAGAAAAGCAAGGAACCCCAGACCAGCUGCCUGCAGAGAAGGGCCAAGGAGGAGCUGGAGCCACAUACAAGUUGGCCGUGUUUGAGUUUGAGAACUUCCGUGGACAAAAGGUGGAGUUGUCUGGUGAAUGUAAGGAUGUGCUGGAGAAGACACAGAGAGUGGGCUCGGUUAUUGUGGAGUCAGGACCAUGGGUGGGAUUUGAGCGUCCAGGUUUUGCUGGAGAACAGUUUGUUCUUGAGAAAGGAGAAUUUCCUCGCUGGAGCACCUGGACCAACUGCCAGAGUAGCAACAUCCUGAGCUCCUUCAGGCCUCUGAAAGUGGACAGUGCAGCUCACAAGUUGCACCUCUUUGAGAAUGCAGGCUUUGAAGGCAGAAAUAUGGAGAUUGUAGACGAUGAUGUCCCCAGUCUGUGGGCGCAUGGUUUUCAGGACCGCGUAGCCAGCGCUAAGGCCAUCUCUGGAACGUGGGUGGGAUACAGGUAUCCAGGCUACAGAGGGCCCCAGUAUGUGUUUGAACAUGGAGACUUCAAGCAGUGGAAUGCUUGGGGAGCCACUGCACCUCAGAUCCAGUCCGUCCGACGUGUGCGGGACAUGCAGUGGCAUAAGAAAGGGUGCUAUAUUCCCCCUGCUCCAGCCCCUGGCCCUGGCCCAACCCCUGCACCACCCAAUCCCAAUCCAAACCCCAAACCUACCCCUAAUCCUAAUCCUAACCCUAAACCUACACCCAAACCUCAGUCUCAACCCCAACCCUAACAGCACACCUCUAACAAAAUCCACAAAUGCUCUUUUGCUCAUGCUCCUGAAAUAAUGAAACAAUCUGGCAAUGAAGUUUUGGAAAAUGAACUGGUGACCAUGAAACAUGUAUCUGUUGGAAAUAAAGGUUUUGGCCCUGAUGUUGGCUUUGUGCAAGUGGAUGUUGUUUAUUUGGUGUGUUUAAAUGUUAUUUUAAAGCAUACAUUUGUGAAUUGUUUAUAGGGAAAACGGUUGGAUUCUUUUUUUCA